CGGCUCCAUCCUGGUCACGGUCAGCAGUCAGCCGAGUCACAGUUGCUUGGUUCACAUGUUUACGACUGUCCUUGACUACAAGUAUCUGCUUGAUCAACCACCUUGAACUCCAAGGUCUUUACAGUCACUCUUUUCUUCCCGUGAACGAGCGCAGCCAAGUCCCACAACCAUGGCCAGCCCUCCCGAGGUCACCAUGACCAAUCUGUCGGGCACUUUUGUCCUGAACAAGUCCCUUUCCGACGAAAUUGAUCCCUUGUUUGUCUUGCAAGGUCUCAGCUGGUUUACCCGCAAAGCCAUUGGAUUAGCGACCGUGGUGCUCACCGUAAAAGAAUACACCAAAGACUCGGUCAUUCACAUCGACAUCACUUCGGUGGCGUCGGGCCUGUCAACUACGCAGGAAAAUCGGACCUUAGAUUGGCAGGAGAGAGAUCAUAGCGAUCGUAUCUUUGGCAAUAUCAAAGGCCGAUCUCGGAUGUGGACCACUGGCGGGUUCGAGCCCGUGCUACAGAUGCCUGCAGAAGUGAUGGCAUUCAUGCUGGGAAACAAGCUCAAGGACGGUCAGACAGAUUCACGAUUCUUGGAAGAUGACCAUCUGCAUAGCUUUGUUCAGAAUGUGGACGAAGGCUACCGAUGGGCAGCAGAACAGAAUUGGGGGUUUGAAGAGAUUGAUGGCAAGAGAUAUCACACACGCCGGGUGAUGGUGCAGAACCAGAAGGGUGACAAGCAUGAGUUGGCCCGGUUGGUAUAUGACUACACGGGCAAGGCUUAAGACAAGGGUGAAGUAGUAGGCGAUCAGACACUAGCGUACGGCGAGUAGUGAGGAAUGAAGACACCC